AUGCUGGAUAAGAACGUGCCGACAGGAGUGCCUGUAUACGAGUUGAGCUCGCUGCUCUUCUUCCUCGUCCCGAUGAUGAUCAUCAUUGUGCUGUAUGUGCUCAUCGGGCUCCAGAUCAGACAGAGUUCGAGGCACUCGCUGGGAAAACAAAUGCAGGGCAACGUGCACGGGGAGACCAAACAAAUUCAAUCGAAAAAGUCAAUUGUCAGGAUGCUAGCGGCCGUCGUCAUCGCGUUCUUCCUGUGCUGGGCGCCGUUCCACGCGCAGCGGCUGCUCUACCUGUACGCCAAGGACUCGCCGUACUACACGCAGGCCAACGAGUUGCUGUACACGAUCGCCGGUUGCUUCUAUUACUUUUCGUCGACGGUCAACCCGAUCCUGUACAACCUGAUGUCGAUGAAGUACAGGAGAGCGUUCCGGGAGACGCUGUGCGGAUACUCGGGCGACCGGCGGAACCGGAUGUCCAGGGACCUGCAGUCCAGCUUCCGGGACACGACCAUGCCGCUGAACACGAUCAUCAGCACCGCCGACUGCAGCCGCAAGUCGGUGGUUCACCGGUCCACCAGGAACCUGCAGGCCGAACCGCCGCAUCACCAUCACCAUCACCACCAUUACGCGGCCGCACCGCCGUCCGACGACUGCGGGGCCGGUGGUUGCGGCCGUCCGUCCGCGGCCUCCGACGUGAUGGUGAUGAUCACGCCGGUCAACGGGAACGCGCAGUGCUACAAAACGUUGCUCAGCGUGACCGUGCAGGGCCCCGACAACAAGGCCGCCUCCGUCGCGGCGCAACACGGCAACUGCAACAGCAACAAGGCGCAGCUGCAGGGCUGCGAAACGCUGCAGCCGACCGAUAACCGGCGUUGCACCGAAGCGGAGACUUGCAUUUAA